AUGGCAACCCCGUCGCGACCAUAUUACCCACAAUUGGGGCGCCAUGCGACGCUCGGAACGCCCCAUAGACUCGAACCGAAGGGCCUGGGCUCUCCACAACGACAAUCUCCCUCCAGAUCAGCCACCAGAGUAGUCCAACCACCCCCAGCGACUCCAAGAGCGGCCAUCAGUGUCAACAGACUGGGAAGCAACCGCCGAACACGUGGUGCAGCGGGAUUCACGCCCUCAACCAGCACCAGCGCCCAAAGAGUCAACAGUCAGAUGAACACACUGCAUGAGAUCAUGGCCAGAGACGGCGGAAGAACAGCCUACAGUACACGUGACACCACACGCGACUCGGCCCUGUCACGUGACCCGUCCACAGCCUCGACGUUGACGUGUCGUGACGCCCCCUCCAGCGCCUUCAAGUUCCGCUCGGGGAUGCCGCUGGAUAUGCCCAUGGGAGGAUACAGGGACGGAGGGGGGUACGAGGAGGACGAUACGAUUACUAAGCGACGGAGGGUGACGAGUCACGUUGGAAGUGGCGCUGCCAAGGCCAAGAAUGUCACGUGGGAGGAAGAUUCUCGUGAGGAUGGGCCUUCUCACAUGAUUCAACAGUUGCUGUUACAGAAUCAGCGUAUGGAAGAAAAGUUGAGUCAGUUUGAGCGACUUGAAGAAAAGUUGGACAGAAUGGACCGAGUUGAAAGUCGUCUUCUAAGGAUCGAGAGCAAGAUGGACGAGAUUCUGAGGCUUUGCAGAUAG